AUGAAGUCGGCUCGUCUCAGCACGCGCGCGGCGGCCCCCGCUGCGGGGCGCGCGACGGCUAGGAGGUGCUCGGGUCAGAAGCCCCGUUCUCAUCCAUCGCUCCGGGCGCUCCCUCAGGGCUCGGGCGAGCAGCCGCUGAUCAUCAGCGGGCAGCCCACGAUGGCUCCUCGCACCCAGGACAUGGCAGGCGACCCGUUCGGCCUGCUGCUGAAGAAGCGGAUCAUUUUCCUGGGCGGCGAGGUGACGGACUUCUCCGCGGACGCCGUGGUGUCGCAGCUGCUCCUCCUCGACGCCCAGGACCCCACGGAAGAUAUUAAGCUCUUCAUCAACUCGCCCGGCGGCUCCGUCACCGCCGGCAUGGGCAUCUACGACGCCAUGAAGAUGUGCCGUGCCGACGUCUCCACCGUCUGCUUCGGGCUCGCAGCCUCCAUGGGUGCGUUCCUGCUCGGCGCCGGCACGAAGGGCAAGCGCGCGUCGAUGCCCAACUCGCGCAUCAUGAUCCACCAGCCCCUCGGCGGCGCGUCCGGCCAGGCGGUCGACAUUGAGAUCCAGGCGCGCGAGAUCAUGUACCACAAGGCCAACCUCAACCGCAUCAUGUCCGAGUGCACCGGGCAGCCGAUCGACCGCAUCGACGAGGACACCGACCGCGACAGGUACAUGUCGCCGAUCGAGGCGGUGGAGUACGGUCUGAUCGACUACGUCAUCGGCGGGGAGGACAAGACGUACAAGAUCACGGGCGACACGCGCGCGUUCCCUAAGACGAAGGAGCAGUACGUGUCGGGGGGCGACGAGGCCGAGGACGGGUCGAGCGGGUCGCGCUUCAAGAAGCCGCUCGAGCCGUACACGGACGGCAUCAACAAGGACCUCGACCGGAAGUGA